AACGACUGAAUAUUUACUAACAUACGGCCACUGGUGUAACACGCGAAAUAUGUUGUCAAAAUAUUUCUCCGUCGUGAUACUGUGCCUGACCGUCGUCAACGGAAAUCUUGUAGAGCCCGGAGAGCCGAAAUGUUUAUCGAAAUUUGACUAUGACGAGAAAAUGUUAAUGAAACAAUUAAGACUGGAGGACAAAGUUCAGAAAUUCGAGGAUUUUAUUAAUGAAGUAAAGGCAAAGGGGGAAAAGGAAAAAGAGGAGCGCGUUAAAUUGCUUGCUGUAGAGUUGGAGAAAUUCAAACAAGAGAACGCGGAAGAGAUUGCGAGACAGAAAAAUGUGACGUCAGUAAUGCUCAAAGACUUGGCAAAUUCUAAGAUCGAGCUAGAAGAAAAGAUGAAAGAUAAAUCAGAACCUAAGAAAGAGGAGGUCGUGGCAUUCACCGUCUCUACACCUGCGAAGGGUACUAGUGCAAACUCCAUGACUUUCACGGAGAUCAUUACAAACGAAGGUAACGGGUUUGAUACAUCGACAGGCACGUUCACAUGCCCAGUUAACGGGCUCUACUACUUUUCCUUACACAUCAUGAAAAAGAGGUCCUCAAGUACAGACGCUGCCGGAUGUUCUAUUUAUCUGAACGGAACCGGUAAGGUGAGAGCUUUUGUUGAUCCACAGGACGGGUCCAAUGGUGCGGACAACGGAAGUUACGGGGCUUCGAACUCGGUAUACCUCAUACUGAAGGUUGGAGAUGUGGUGACCAUAGAAGGCUGUACAAGUCGGUCGUCAGAUGAUGUCGAAUCACAGACCUCGUUCAGUGGUUAUUUAGAAGAACGAAUUUGAAAGAAAAAAAUUACAUUAAAAAAACAUAAACUUUUAUUACUGUAAUCAGUGUAAGCUUUUUUAAAGCAGCACGUCUUCAUGAUAAUUUUGUGGUUAUUUUUAUUAUUAAAAAUUGUUUAAGUUGGUGAAAUAUUGCCAAGCGAAUAAAUAAAGGGACUUAAUCUACUCCAAGACACUAACAAUGCGCUGCAAUCAACAAAAAUAUAAUGCAAAAAUAGUGAGAUAUAAUAUUUGCUCCGUUAAUAAGGGAGAUAAAAAACAUUGUUUUAAUAACUGGUGUCAUAAGUUGUGCCAAUCGUGUACCGUACCACAUGGAUUGCAAAGAAUUUUACAUUUUCUUUGGUGUUUAAGCCCAUCUGCAGAAAUACAGAUAUAUUAAGAGAUUUAGUGAAAUAAUGCUCCCAGUAAGACAUUUAGUGAAAUAAUGCUCCCAGUUAGACAUUUAGUGAAAUAAUGCUCCCAGUUAGACAUUUAGUGAAAUAAUG